AUGCCGAUAGACAGGGAGACUGACGAAGCAGAGCCACACAGAUGCAUUGUUCUCGACUCUUAUAAAGAAUUCAAUAAUAUCUCGCUACCAUCGAAUCCCUUCUGCUAUCGACUUCCUCCUGCACCAUCCACCCGUGACGUCCGUCCUCGCUCAGGCAGCUUCGACGACCCUUCUUAUUUUAUCGCACAACCCAGUCUCAUUCCGAACUACCAUGUAGUGGAUAUCGUGAAUAUGACCAGAGUCCCCCUCUUGGCUACCCCCAUGUCACACGGAGGCAACUCUGUUGAGUUAACUGUGCUGACAUUCAGGCACUAUUGCGUACCCUGGACUCAGUGGUCUGCACCCAUAAAGAUUGAGGACAUAGGUUUUAUUCACCUUCGCGUUCGACUCCCAGACGAUGACAUGGAUGUAGUGAAGGCUGAUGUCGUGAUUGAUGGAUCCACGAUAUUCCGAUCUCUCUGUCUCCAUGAUACAAUGCGUAUGAGUUUCCUCACUCCCUUGCACCUGAAAAUAUCAAUGUUGACUCCACAGGAUCCAAAGUAUGGUGAUACCGACAUGGACCAGCUUGUUGUCAGGGACAGGAAGAGCAUGCUCCCAAUAAAUGAUGCUUCCCGCACUGUAGACAUCAUGGAAAUCGGUGUUCUCGUGCCAUUCAACUUCCAUGGUCGCAAAAGGACCCGUGCUGUUCCGUUGGAUGUGGCUUUCGCUCUCCGUGACUCGAACGAUCUCGUCAUCCAUGCGAAGCAUAUCAAAGACGAUUUACCUAUCCUCCAGCUCAUUCCAAGCCACAAAUUCGUGAACGACCUGCCGCGCUAUGUUAUUCAUGCAACCCCAUCGUUUCACGGGCAAGCGGUUCACCCAGACCUUAUACCUGACUACGUGACAUCUCUGGAGUCACAAAUCAUGGUUUUGGAGGUCCUGUCGAGCUCAUGGCAGGUAAUUCUAGUCGUCAAUAUGGCCAUUUUUGCAACAAACGCCACACAGUCAGAGAUACCUGUUGAGAUUCCUUGGUCAGAGUGGGGCCCCAAGUACACACGCUACUUUCCGCAUCAUCCAAGCCACCGAAUCAGCGUGUUCGGCAGCAAAAUGGCACAUGCUCUGCCUCAGGAUCGUGCUCCUGAACCUGGACAAAGAUUGGAAGAACUCCCUGUAGAGGGUUCCUUCUAUGUACACAUCUGGGACUUUAAUAGAGCCAUUUCUCGCUUAGAACAUUCGAAUAACGUCUACAAUUGCAAUUCACCAGGUCGUCUCAUCUGCAGGCCUGGUCGGCUGGCUCAGACAUGCUUCACAGAAGACGAUGCAGACAUUAUCACGAAUCAUCCUUACACUACUGCUGUCUGCCCCGCGGGUUUCUCGACACGUCACUUUGACUGGUUUUUUUUGGAGCAGGAUCGACUUACUUUGAUAUGGGCUCACCCUGGCUCGGUUCAGAUUCAGGUCGUUUCUCCCUCACCGAUAAUGCCAACUUCCGAAGUUGGCUUGGAUGUUGAACAAGGCCAAAUAGCUCACAGCCCAGAGCUGCAGCAGACGAUUCAGGUCGUUUCUCCCUCACCGAUCAUUAUGCGCCCUACGAGAACGCAGAGCAAGAUUCUCCUACUUUUUUCUCCUUGCCUCUCUUCACCCCUCUGCGUUACUAAGCCACACCCGCCUCGGACUCAUCGCAAGCAUGUUCGCCCAAAUGUGCGAUGCAGUCACCGCAUACCAUGACCAGCGUG